AGUGGAGAGAGGGAGAUGAGGAGGCGAGGCAGGAGUGGAGAGAGGGAGAUGAGGAGGCGAGGGAGGAGUGGAGAGAGGGAGGUGAGGAGGACCAGGUCAGGCCGGAGCCGUGGGUGGGACGAGAGAGGCACCGGUUGGAAGAGUGGGUUGAGGGAGAGGGCGAGGUUCGCUGCGAGGUGGUGGAGCAAGAUCCAGAUGAACAGAUUUACAAUGGAAGACCAGAACCCAUCCUGGACCAUCACCAUCACCCCCAUCCCCACCACCACCCCUCCAUGACAGACACCCUGCAGGACCGGGAGGAAGAGGCGGACGCAGAGAGCGAGGAGUACUGCCCUAAUGAGGAAGAAGACGAGGACGGGGACGAGGAGGAGACACAUGGAAGGGCCUACCCUGAAGACUACUAUGCCCCAGAAGACAAUGGGAACUCAGUGCGAGCCUCUCCGUACCGUAGCCGUAAGGUGCUGGUGGUAGAGGGGGAGACGGGGGAGGAGGCAGAGGAGGACAUUGACCAAAUUGUUGCGGAGAUCAAGAUGAGUAUGAGCAUGGGGAGUCUAAGCAGUGGCACUGACCAAAGCCCAGAGGAGCUGACGCAGGACCCUGCACCAAGUGACUACCCUCACCCUAAGCCUGACACAGCCCCCUAUCCACCAGCUCACCAUCGCCACGACAGCAGGCCCAAGUCCCUUAACCUACCCUCCAUGCACCACAACAACCCUGACCUCCAGAGGGGCAUCAAAGCACAUGCACGCUCCCCUGAAGACAGGCAGAGAUGGCAAUCAGAGCAGGUGAGCAAUGGUGCGGAGCAGCCCAGAAAACAGCAGCGCUCUGACCUCAACGUCCCCCUGGAGAACAACAAUGUACCAGAGCCAACAAAGAAGGCUGCAUCGUUCCCCAGCUUUGUCGAUGUCCCAGGACCCUGCGAACCUGAAGACCUGAUUGAUGGAAUUAUCUUUGCUGCUAACUACCUGGGCUCCACUCAGCUGCUGUCUGAGAGAAACCCCUCCAAGAACAUACGCAUGAUGCAGGCUCAGGAAGCUGUCAGCAGGGUCAAGAGGGUACAGAAGGCUGCCAAAAUCAAGAAAAAGGCGAGUGCCGACGGAGACGCCCAAACCCUCACUGAGGUUGAUCUGUUCAUCUCCACCCAGAGGAUCAAAGUCCUCAAUGCAGAUUCACAGGAAACGAUGAUGGACAACGCUCUCCGUACUAUAUCCUACAUUGCCGAUAUUGGGAACAUUGUGGUCCUGAUGGCGAGACGCCGCAUGCCUCGCACAGCCUCCCAGGACUGUAUUGAAACUGCGCCCGGGGCACCUGAGGCAAAGAAGCAGUACAAGAUGAUAUGCCAUGUCUUUGAGUCUGAAGAUGCCCAGCUCAUCGCUCAGUCCAUCGGACAGGCAUUCAGCGUCGCUUACCAGGAGUUCCUGAGAGCCAAUGGCAUUAACCCAGAGGACCUGAGUCAGAAGGAGUACAGCGACAUUAUCAACACCCAGGAGAUGUACAAUGACGACCUCAUUCACUUCUCCAACUCUGAAAACUGCAAAGAGCUGCAGCUGGAGAAGAGUAAAGGGGAGAUCCUGGGUGUGGUGAUAGUGGAGUCCGGCUGGGGCUCCAUUCUUCCCACAGUUAUCUUAGCCAACAUGAUGAACGGCGGGCCAGCGGCUCGCUCUGGCAAGCUCAGCAUCGGAGACCAGAUCAUGUCCAUCAACAACACCAGCCUAGUGGGGCUGCCACUCGCCACCUGUCAGGGAAUCAUUAAGGGCUUAAAGAACCAGGUUCAGGUGAAAAUGAAUAUUGUCAGUUGCCCUCCUGUUACCACUGUCCUCAUUAAGAGACCAGAUCUGAAGUAUCAGCUGGGCUUCAGCGUCCAGAACGGCAUUAUAUGCAGUCUGAUGCGAGGAGGCAUUGCUGAGCGAGGCGGGGUCCGUGUGGGUCACAGGAUCAUAGAGAUCAACGGGCAGAGUGUGGUGGCCACAGCACAUGAGAAGAUCGUCCAGGCCCUCUCGAACUCUGUUGGCGAGAUUCACAUGAAGACCAUGCCGGCGGCUAUGUUCAGACUUCUAACAGGACAGGAGACCCCUAUGUACAUAUAGACGAUGGCCAGGGACUGUCCACCGGACAGGCCGUCAGCUGUGAUUGGUUAUUUUACGGGGCAAACCAAGCUGACCAGUGACCGGGGGAGGAUUGCUUCUCCCAGUCGUUUCAUUUCUCUCCUUUUCUUUUUCUUUCUUUGAGGUGAUGACUUUAAUUCUUCAUCAUCUCUCCCUUGUCUGUGCUUAACAUGCAAUGGCCAUUUUUCCAUCUGACCAGCUGAAGUGUGUGUGUGUGUGUGUGUGUGUGUGUGUGCGUGCGUAUUUUUUUGUCCCGUCUGUGCUUUUCCGUGUCACUUCAGUGAGUGUGUGUAGACGGACUUAUCGAGCGAAUGCGUCACAAUUUAUUUUUUUAUAUUCAUGUAAUGCAAUAUGAUACUUCUACUAUACUUCUUGUAUAGUUUCAUUUUCUUCUCGGUUUAUUUAUUUCUCAUGUAAAUACAUAUUUUGCUAAUAUUGCGAGUGAAGGCGUUGGAGGGGCAACAGCUGCAUUGUAAAUAUUUAUUGAAUCUCGCUGUUGAAUUGAAACGGUCCGAGAUGAUGGCAAAGACAAUUAAAUGCCGGAUAUCAUAGUAGUUGCCUGUGAAAAGGGGGAAUGUGUUUGAAAUGUUGGGUUUAAAUAUGCUACAUUGAUAAAAUGUACAUGUAGAUCAAACCAAUGUUCGCAGCAGGGGUUUAUGGGAGAAACGCCAUAUCCUUUUGAUUUUUUUCAUUUUACGGCAAUAUGAGUUCAGCCUCUGAAGUCUUUUCUAAAUCUCAUGUACAAACACUCACACACAUUUAAAUAACAAGCAACCGAGUAAAACUAUUAACAUGCAUCAAUUAUGCUUUUGAUAUCAAAGUCACUUGUAUGAAAAAUGAAGUUUUCUUUCGUGUGCUACUCUACUGUAUGUUCAUCUUUAGUGUUCCUGACUGAAACUCAUGCAUACUAUGAGCGGAUUGUGAAUGUAACUGUGUUGUGUGAGCUGUCCCAUUGCCAUAAGCAGUAUUAGAAUGUUUGUACAUAAAGAGAAACUUGUCUAGUAUUGUGUUCAUGUUAAAAAAAACAAAACACACAGGUUUAGUCACUGCAAACAUCUGCCCACCUGUAUGUUGGCUUUCAGUCCUGAGAGGGAAAGGGAGAACUGUGAAUCACACACUGUGACAGAGACGAGCCUUACCGCCGAGUAAAGGUUUUACAAUGCAUUGUAGUGAAUUUUAACCAUAUGAACAUUAUCUGUGUGCAUGCCUCGUAAAGUAGUUUCAUGUCAUUGUGGCAAGAUAAUAAAAUCUGAGUUAAACCUG